AUGCUCGGCUGUGGAGACGCGGUGUCGCUGGACUUCAUGGUUGGAAGCAAUGGAGGACAUGAGGAGGUGCGGUGCGACCUGGAGCAGGAGCCACCACAGUCCGCCAUCCUUCCGCCAACGUCCAGCGAAGCUUCGCUGUCUUCACCAUCGGGGAACAUUCACGGGGAUCGUGCCAUUCUAAAUGGCAUCUGCGGAGCGGGCCACGGCAUGUCCGCGCACACAAGUAUAUCGAACAGCAUCAACCUACACAGGAGCAGGAGCCACCACAGUCCGCCAUCCUUCCCGCCAACGUCCAGCGAAGCUUCGCUGUCUUCACCAUCGGGGAACAUUCACGGGGAUCGUGCCAUUCUAAAUGGCAUCUGCGUUGGAAAUUCUCUCGCAACUAGUGCUCUCUUUUCCAACGACAUAAGCGGAACUGUGCUUCGUCGUGUUGCCAGGAUGAUGGCCGAAGAGCUUCACGCGCUGCAGCAUCAGGAGCGUUUGGCCAAGGGCUCGGUUCGUGAUGUGGCUACGCAGACAACAGAACGAGGCGUGCGUUCCGUUCUGUGACGAGACUCUAUACACGAGGAGU